AUGGAGAAUCUAUUCCAGCCCAUCAAAACGACCCGCAAGGUCCAGACCAAUAUCGACAAGUUCGAGACCUUAUCCCUGAAGGAUCCGACAUCCUCACAACGUCCGGCCAGUACAAAAUCCAAGGUUUCAAUUGUAGAUCUCGGAUCCGAAGGCAGUGAUGCUGCAAGCCAAAACUCCCCAUACCGGCCGUCACACGACUCAUCUCUGACAUUAGCCUCCGCCGACUCGCGUCAAAGCAGCCACAAACGCCAUGCGUCAACGGCAUUCAUUCAAAAGUCCUAUUUGGACACAUCGCCACCUACUUCCCUACCUGACGACGCACGAGAAAUUUUGAAGGGCCAGCCGGAGGUCGAAGAUCUGGCUGCGGUCCUCCAGUACCUCCAAUAUGGCAUCGCCGGCAAACAUGACUUCAACGUUCACGUUCCAAGCCCCAAGGCUUCUCAAAUCAUCAACGUGCUGGUCACAGUCACUAUACCCGAUCUGUGGGCUCCUUUGCAGCAGAAGCGGUUAUCGCGAAAUCACACAAAUCUCAAGGCCAACUUGCUCUCAUCCUUGACCAGCGUGGCUGGACUUGGUGCGCUUCUCAUGCAGGUCAAGCGGCUUUCCGCCUCCAGCACGGGUCAGCAAAAUCCCCUGCUCGUUGAUACGAUCUCGGUGUUGUCAUCGGUUCUUGCUGGCACUCAAAUCUUGUCCAGGUUGCUGCACGACGCCAUGACGCUACUUUCGGCCGAGGCACAGCGGCGAGCGUUCUGGCAAGAGGUGGUCACUUUGUUGGCCGGCAGCAAGAUCCUUUCAACCAUGUCCCAGAUAUUCGCAACGCAACAGGACCUUGAAGGAAUGCUCCCGGCAGAGAAAUGGCUGGGGGAUGGGCUCAAGUAUUCGAAAUGGAUUGCCAAGAACAUCUCGGCUGUUGCAGUCACCACGCUGCCUACUACCGACCCCCAGCAGACAAAAUUGCUUUCCCAAGUACUGAAGCGAGCUUUGAGCCUAGGGUACCACGACACCCUCAUCACCGAGCUCUACACCUCCCUUCUUCUUGGAAAGCGGGCACUAUGGACACCGAUGCACAAUCUGAUAAAAACGCUCCCAUCGUAUGAUCAAAAGGCUAUCUUCGACACCAUCCUGCGCGAUCUGGCACGGAAAUUCUUGCAGACUGGAGGUGAAGCUGUCGGAGACAAGGAAUCCUUGAUGAGAAAUGCUUCUACAGUCUCGGGAGUCGCCGCUAUGGUCAAGGGACUUACACAGAACAGUGCCUUGUUGGAAGAACAUAUUGUUCAUUGGUUGACUAGUACGAGUGGAGAGUACGCUGGUCUCGGUCUUGACACGCGAAGAGCUGUCAUUGCAACUCUUGGUACAAGUAAAGAUAAGCUUGAGCGGAUUCUAGAGAAGACCAUCGAGACCUUUGGGAACAAAGUCCAGAUUCAGCAUGACGCUAUCCUUCAGCAGGAGUCAACCGCCCAGACUAUUCUGCUUGCUUUCGGCUACCUCGAGCGCUUGGACAAGAUUACUCUAAAAAAAAUAUCCAGCUCUGGCACCUUCAUUCGUAUGGUCUCGAACAGACUCUCCGCAUCCGUUCCUCGUGCUCGAUUGCUGGGCAUGAUAGUCGCUGUAGCAGUGUCCAGGCUGGUAGACAAACCAGACAAGGUCAUGAAUUUUGGCGUAGAAGAGCUGGAAUCCGUGGAGGCGCAUCGCUGGCUCGACCUGAUCCAUGUCCAAGACAAGGUCGGGACCAUAGAAGAUCUGCCAGCUACCGCGCUCGAAUCAGUCAAGAAGCGCACCUUGCAACCGAGUUCGAAGCCCGUCAAGCGCGAACGGUUGUCGACGGCUCCCCUGGCGGCCACAUCGAAGAUUAUCGCAAUCGAAGAGCUAUCUGACUCGGACAACGCAGGACGGGACACUGACAAAGAGGAGGAAGAGGAAGAGGACGCCGACCUACGCCCGUACGCGCCUCCGGACAGCGACCCUGAAGACUCAGACGACGAUCCCACUCUCGUCAACCGCAACAAACCGACUGCGCCCGUCUAUAUAACAUCUCUCGUCAAGCAGCUCAACGCCAACGACGAUCUACCCGCGAUGGAACUGGCACUCAAGACAGCCCCAUCGUUGAUCCGCCGGAAAGCCAACUUUGGCGACGAAUUGUUCUCCCAAAUCCUCCCACUUGCUUCAUCUCUUCUGGGCCUCCAGGAGAUCACGUCCAUGGAGGACACGGCGCGGUUACGGCUCUCAGCUCUAGUGGCAUGCCUCGUAGCAAAACCGGCCAUCAUGGGCCCCUGGAUCGCGAGCACAUACUUCGAAGGGGAUUUGUCCCUGUCGACACGAUCAGUCCUCUUGGCGGCCGUGGCUUUCGGGGCCAGAGAGCUCGCAGGUAUCACUGAUAGGGAUGAUCCUGAGGAGGCCUCAGCCGCUUCGGCCUCGGGACGUGGUAAGGAAUCAUUCCCAUCCAAACGACUCCCACCACACCUUGAGCUCACGUAUUCCUCCACGGUGCAACCCAUCGACAACAUAUCAAAGACCCUAUCCUACCGUACGCUGCAACCCAUGGCGCUCGAAGCAGCCGACAAGCUCACGGGGCCCAACAUCUUAAAAGUGAGGACAUUCUCCUCGCGCAUGCAAGUAGCCGCCCGCACGGCCGCGAAGCAGGAAUCCCGCUCGAAACGCAUCCCCAAGGACCUCCACCGCCUGCUAGCAGAGUCGAUGUACCUCCCGCUGUGCUCGCGGCUGACUCUCCUCUUAUCCGCACUAUCCGCCUCGUCAUCGGCAUACCUCGCAAAUUCACUCCUGCUACACCCCUCGCUGCUCAAACUGAGUCUCCAGACGCUCAUCAUCAUCCUCGCGACGAUCGGCCCCCACGCGCUUCAACUAGCCACAUUGACGCGCGAGUCCCUCCUGCUCCUCACGGCGCUGCACACUCUCCCGACACUAGCGCAUGACCCGAUCGUAUUGCCCCCUAUCUUACACCUCCUCCUCACGCUGCUGGACUUGAAUGUCGAAGCGGGCCCCACUGCCGAAGAACGCCUAGUCACGGACUUUGGGCCCAUGGUUGCCGAACUCGUCGCCUGGGCUGCUGGGCUUGGCGAGCGCGUGUCGAUACCCGAGGUGCACGACGACCCUGGGCUCGGGAUGGCCAUGCCCUGGCCCGUCCUGGUCGCGGGAAUACAGGUGAAGUGGCAGGAGGUGGGGCGGAAGUUCCAGGGCAGGAUGUUCGGGUUGAUGGCCGGCACGGAGUUUGAUUCGUUCUAG